AUGUCCACGCUAAAAGAAUGCCAGGCAUUUCUCAAAAGCAAUGAGUUGAUAAGCGAAGAGCAGCUCAAACAUAUCAAGCUGCUUCCAGAGAAGGAAAAAGUAGCUUUCAUAGACAUCAUCGCAUCUGAUCCAUCAGAGUACUUGCCUAGACUCGAGCAUUUUGGCACCGAGGGAGCUGCCAUUGUCCUGUCUGGUCUUCAAGAUAAGGAUAAGUCGCUUCAAGUCAUUGAAAUUUGCAAGAAGAAGCUUCGACAGUCAUUGACGACUCAGACAGCUGCUCAGUUCUUCCUAUCCAUCUAUGGCAAUGUUUCUGCCAAGUAUGAUAUCACUGACCCGCUGCUUAUUCCUGUCGUUUUGGAACUUAUUUCUGACUCAAAAGAGGAAUUGCACGCGGCAGUGGUGUUUUUGGUGGUCAGCUUCUCGAAGAGAGACCCAAAGGGCACCUCAAAGGCUAUACAAAGCUAUCUAUCCAACAUUGUGGCCAAUACACCACUGCAAAUUACACCAUCUCAGUAUAGUCUGCUCUUUGAGUCAUUUGACUUAUUCUUUCCUAUCUUUCCGGAGCAGCUCAAGACAGUUUACACGUCUGAUGGGUGCAAGAACGCCGUCUUAUAUCAGGCUGCAAGGUUGACGGGCGGAUCUGGAGAAGUCGAUGGAACCAAGGUCGCUAAGAUGCUCAAAGUUGUAUCUCUGACGUGCAUCGAUGAAACGUCAAGGAACUUCAACUCGCAGAAUUACCUUAACUUUUUGAUUUCAGGCACGGAAAUGACCUCAUCACCAUUGAUCAUGUCUUACUCCCUUCUAUGCAUCGUCAAGUUGUGGAAUUUCAAACAGAUCUCCUCACGUAUCUCACAAAGGACAGUCUUGACAAAAGUUAUUGGCGUUUUAAAAAAUGGUGAGCCUGGAGAUGCCAGGCAGGCUAUACUAGAGACUCUAGCUUACUUGUCUUUGAGUGGUGGGUGCCGAGAAGAGAUCUUCAGAGAUGAGAAAGUAACAGAGAAGUUGAUAGAGCUACUUGAAUCAGAAAAGGACUCAUUGAGUUUAUAUGGUGUUCUCACAGUUUUUUCCAACCUAACGAAGGUGAAAGAGGACCUCGACAACAAUGAACGAAGACGCUUACAGUACGCCGCGUCAGCAUCAAACCCAGGAAACGAGAAUCUUGGUCAAGUGAGUGAAGAAAGCGUCAAGCUAUAUGACACAAGCUUGAUACAAAAUCAUUGUCUUGUGGGCAAAUUCAAGAAACUUGACCUAUCGAAGGCCAACAUUCUCAAAGAAUGUGUUACCAUAAUUUACCACUUGUCUCGGUCUCCAGAGAACAUACUUCAAAGAGCACUUGUUCAACAAGGUGCUCUCGUCUUAAUCUUGAAGUACUUGACAGCCACCUCAUCUUUGGAUAAAAACACAGGCAAAACACAAGGUGUCUCUACAGACGAAGGUGAGAUUCUCAUCAGAAUCAAUGCUCUUAGAGCUCUUGCGAGUUUGUGCCUGUCUGUUCAUCCCCGACUCGCAUUCAACGAAUAUGAUAUAACAAGUGCUGUGCCAUUCUUGACGGAGCUUUUUGGUGUUGAUCUUACGUUUGGGCCGGCCCCCACAAAGAACGCAACCACAGUUUUGGCAAGCUUACUUUCUCAUGCUGACAAAUUUAGAGCGCUUUUGGCGCUAACCAAUUUAUGCUCGCAGCCAAACAAGGAUUUGAACAAUUUCGUUAUCAAAUGCACAUUUGAUUCUACAUUAAAGAAUCUUAUCAUUGAGAGUACCGUACCCGACAUCCAGCGAGCAGCAUGGGAGCUUAUAAACAAUUUAAUCCAAGAACCAGCCAUGCUAGCGAAGUUCUUCAACCCAGACAACCCAGAAAGCAUGAAGAAUUUAGAUCUUUUGGUAAAAAUGCUCCACGCUCAAGACGAAAAACUCCAAGAAGUCAUUGCUGGUGUAUUAGCAAACAGUACGAUGGAGUAUGAAUUUGUAACUACUGUGAUUCUAUCUCAAACGCGAAUUUUAACUCAAAUUAAAACUAUUUCGGCGGAAGUCUUGAUGGGACAACCUGAUGCAAGCGGUUUAAUGCUAAGAUUGGGUACCUUUCUUGGCAACUUGAUGGAUGUGGCUGCUUCAAAAGGCAAUAACACUUUCAAAGAUGAUAAAAACUUGCUUCUCGGGUUUGAAGCUGUGAUACAGGAAACCAAUAUACCUGAAGUUUCUGAGCUAUUUACUGAACUCAUAAAAAUGACAAUUCAGUAA